AUGGCCGCGAUGAGGGAUUCGUCCAUCGACUGCCAGAGGCGAAUUCCACUCCUGACUGCAGUAAAUGCAACUUCACAAGUCCAUUUGAUAGUCGGAUCUGAUCCGUUGGCAGCUACACGCUGUACCAAAUCCCUCGACGCAGGAGCAAGGCCCAUCUUGAUUUGCCCGUCCGAAACCAAGCUUCCAUCCACUCUUGCUGAGAGAGUCGAGGCUGGGCGGGUCCAGUGGAUUCAGCGGGAGUUCCAAGACAUCGACCUCUCUACAUUGGGUAGAGAUGAGGUAGACUAUGUGGUUGAUGCUGUAUUCGUGACACUGGAUAGAACAAAUCCCUUGAGCCGUCAUAUAUCAAAUUUGUGUCGGAGGUUGCGCAUCCCCGUAAAUGUGGCUGAUGCGCCUGAACUAUGUUCUUUCACAUUACUUUCAACGUAUUCUGAUGGGCCUCUGCAUAUUGGAGUUACGACAUCAGGAAAAGGAGGGUCAUUAGCUUCUCGGAUAAGGCGAGAGAUUGCCUCUUUCCUUCCAUCUGGCCUCGGAGAAGCUGUUGGCAAUUUGGGUAUCCUAAGAAAACGUAUCUGGGAAGAGGACGCUAUCGAAAAUGAGGCAGACAAGGAUCACUUUGAGGAUGAUUCUGACGACUCGACUGCACAGAAACAUACGUUCAACACGUUGGUGAUAUGUGAAUAUUGGCCCCUUCGUCAGCUUGCAAGCGUAACCCUCUCAGAUGUGGAGAAGAUGCUUGCUGCGUAUGGGGCUGACAAGUGUCCCGUCACCAGCGGUAAAGGUGCAGGCCAAUUGUCGAAAAAGGGAAAAAUCAUCUUAGCUGGUUCUGGGCCUGGUCACCCUGAUCUGCUAACACGCGCAACAUACCACGCCAUCAAGAGCGCCGAUCUUAUAUUAUCGGACAAACUUGUGCCAGCGGCCGUGCUAGACCUCAUCCCGCGAAGAACAGAAGUCCACAUUGCACGCAAAUUCCCCGGCAAUGCAGACAAGGCCCAAGAAGAGCUCCUGGUAUUGGCGUCCGAAGGCUUAUCAGCAGGUAGAACUGUGCUCCGGCUCAAACAAGGAGAUCCAUAUCUCUACGGACGCGGUGCCGAAGAAUUCUCCUUCUUUCGAAGAAAGGGUUACGAGCCCAUAGUCCUUCCGGGAAUAACAAGUGCCUUGAGUGCACCCUUAUUCGCCGAUAUUCCGGCCACCCAUCGAGGAGUUGCAGAUCAAGUUCUGAUAUGCACUGGAACAGGCCGCCAUGGGGCAGCACCCUCUCCACCGGGUUAUAUUUCAACCCAAACGGUAGUUUUCCUGAUGGCAUUACACCGACUACAGUCAUUAAUUGAAUCAAUGACGGUCCAUCCUGUCGACGACAAGGGGGAACCCACUAUUCCCAGAGUUUUGUGGCCCAAGGAUACACCUUGCGCUGUAGUAGAAAGAGCAUCUUGUGCUGAUCAACGGGUGAUCAGGUCAACGUUGGAACAUGUUUGCUCCGCUGUUCAAGAGGAAGGCUCGAGACCACCGGGUCUCCUUGUGGUUGGUAAGAGCUGCGAGGUCCUCCAUCAGACGGACCAGAAGUGGGUUGUCGAGGAUGGGUUCAAGGCGCUGGACGGCCUCAAUAAUGACAUGAAUUUGGAUACCAUCACGGCAUUGGGAGGAAUUCAGGAUGCAUAA